CAGUCGGCCACGUUCCACCUUCGUUUUGCUUCUCAAGCAAGCGUUCUUUCGGCGGAGCCUAAAAAAAGUAUUCAGGUGUGGCCUGAAACCAGAAGCCACAGUGUGAUUGCUGCGGGACGUUUCUUUUGUUUUGGAAAAGGAAGGACGCGUAGUUUCGUCUAAUUAUUUUCGCUCCGACAUCACGUGGUUAGUGCUGAGGUCUCGUAGAUUGAAAGUUCGCGCGAGUUUCGCGACUUCCACGCAGAGGCACAUUCUGUAAAUCCGGCGCACUUAAUACGACGUAGUUGUUGAGGCUCCCAAGAGGCUGCGCAGGUGAUCCAGCUGAUUUCAUCAUGAGUUCUCUCUUCGCCGGGCUUCUGCUGGUCGUCGUCUCCUUGUGCUCCGCCCUCAAUGAGGCGCGGGGCGACGAAUCCGGCGGCGCUCUGUCCCCUUCUGGGGCUUCGAAGGGCACCGGCAGACUGGACAAGCUGAGCGGUGUCGAGUACCCCCGUGGUCCGGGCGGCCACCGUCACUUGGACAGGCUUAGCGGCGGGGAACUGCUGCGAUCGCUGGUGCUGCCGUACGUUCUGCGCGGACUCUCCUCAUCUCCCGACUACGUGUCCCGUCGAAGCAUGGACAAGGCUGGCAGCGGCGAGCACAUCCGCACGGCGGGGGCUUUUCUGCCCGGCUCUUUGCCGGCCAAAAGGCAAGCACCGUUCGACUCGCUAAGUGGCCUGACAUUCGGCGGUGACCAGGCAGGCGUGCAGAAGCGCGGCUACGGCCACGGCGAGUUCGACGAGAUCGACAACGCCGGAUGGCCGGGAUUCUACAAGCGAAACUUCGACGAGAUCGACAGGAGCGACUUUGGAGGCUUCUACAAGCGCAACUUCGACGAAAUCGACAGGACCGGUUUCGAAGGCUUCUACAAACGCUCGGCUGCUCGGGAAUAAUCAGCGCCACACCUGUCCCGCUCUAUACCGACCCUGCCUUUCUAAUACAAGAGCCGCGCGACAACCCCUCUUGAAGCCCGUGCUUACCUGCUCCUUCGCAUUACAUGAAGUUAGGAUUUUCCAGAAAUUGCAACCUUCCUAAGUCUGGUCAAAUGCUUGGUGCAAGUCGGGAAGCACUGAUUCAUUGCAAUGGUACCUUUGAGUUAUGAGUGGCACUUCGCUUUCUCAUUAUGUCGUCUUGAUCCAUCCUAUCCGUGGCCCACAAGCUCCCAGUGCCGAUAACUUAGCACUGGUGAUCUUGGUGGAAGAACUGACGGCAGCUGUUCAUCUGCCUGAGCUCUAGUGUGCUCACCUCGUCGCCCAUGUCGACGAAGUGGAUGAGUGAAAGUGUCCCACGGUGGCUGGGACACAUCGACAGCUCUUCGUCGUGUGGACUCGGCUUGUAUGUCUGCAAGCGUCUCCUAUCAGUCAGGAAGGAUAAAUGUGAAGUGCGUGAACUGACGGGUAGCGUGAAAUGAGCAGAGACACUUAUAUCUGGUAGGGGGGGGGGGGGAAUAAAUUCGGGCGUUACCCCCAAUGGAUAACAGGCAUUACCUUUUGUCCCCAGGGAAGAAUCAUGCAUGAAACUUUUCAAUUCUGCUUUAUUCGGCGUUCUCUCCUUUGUCAUUAUGUAAAUAAAGCUUGUUGAGAUUUGA